AUGGUUGUGGGUCUGGGUCCGGAUAAUUCUGAUCGACCCGGGGAGGUGAUGGACAGGGACGGGUACCCUCACCAGACGCCUCGGCAAAAGAGGGUUCGAACCUCUUUCAAACACCACCAACUGCGCACGAUGAAGUCGUACUUCGCCCUCAACCACAACCCAGACGCCAAAGACCUGAAGCAGCUGGCUCAGAAAACAGGGCUCUCCAAGAGAGUUUUACAGGUUUGGUUCCAGAACGCCAGGGCCAAGUACAGACGCAACCUUCUGAAACAGCAGGACUCCGACGCGGGGUCAGGGGGCAAAGGUGGCCAGGGUCAGGGGGCAGGGUCGCCAGAAGGCCCGGACAAAGACAUCAAGGAUCCGAACUCCAUUCCCGACAUGAACGCCGGCUCGCCCGCGCUGUCAGACAUCAGCUCCACACCGUCGCUCAGCGACAUCCAGUCCUCCACCAUGGAGACCGACCACAACAGCAGCAGCAACAACAGCAUCUCUGACCUCUUUUCCAGCACCAUUGCCGCCAUCAACUGACAUCUGAUACAGCGGUAGUAACAACGACAAAAGCAUCAUCGUUGCUAUGGAGACCGAGCACAACAACAGCUGCAGCAAUAACAACAGCAUCUCCAACCCUCCGAGAUCCUUCCUAGCACCAUCAUCGCCAUUAACAGACAUCUGAUGAUGGGCAAAAACUAAACAUAUUUCUCCAGUAUCAUCGUUGCCAUGGACACCGACCACAACAGCAGUAGGAGCAACAACAGUAUCUAAGACUUUUUUUUCCUCCAGCACCAUCGCUGCCAUUAACUGACAUCAGAUUAACUACAACUAAUUGUUUUUUCCACCACCAACGGUGACGUUUCAACUGAAAUCUGAACACAACGACUAUAGUAGCUUUUUGUUAGCACAACUGUCGCCUUGGAGAGAGAGAGAGAGAGAGAGAGAGAGAGAGAGAGAGAGAGA